CUCCUUGCUUUCCGCAUUAAUUUUGAACUAACUCUUUAUACCUUCUCUUUACAUUUCUCUUUCUCUUUAUAUACAUACAUGAUAUUUUUGUAGAUAUCUAUCUAUCUACACUGAAAUUAAACCAGAAACAACAUUGCUUCCCGUGUUUUCCAUCUGCUAAAUUUAGCUUAAUUAAACUCCAUGAUGCGUGCAAGUUAGCCAUUUGUUCUAAUUUUGUUUCAAACCCCCUUAAAGACAUCAAACCAUUUUGCUUGGCUCUUAAUGCUUUCAUUUCUUCCUUUAUCCAUAGCCUUAAUAUCUUCUCCUAAAUAUCUUCAUCCCUUUUUUUUUUUUUUUUUUAUAAAUACCUGCUGUUUACCCUUCUUUCGUUUUUCAAAAGCCAUUCUUGAUUAGACCGUAAUUUGUUUUUUUAGCUGAAAAUUGAGUUGCCCAAUUGUGAUCUUGGGUCAGUUUGUUGCUGGGAAGUUUGGGGGAAUCUAUGAACUUGUGUAGAGAUUUGUACUGAAUUUGAGCUUUGAGAGAAAACAUGGGAGGACACAUGAGCAAAAAGCCUGGUGAAACUUCAGCUGCAAUCGACAAUCUGCAGUACAAGACCGAGCUGAACUCAUAUGAAGCAGCGUGCAGGGCUGACACGGACUUACAGACCUUUGAUACAACUCUACAAGCUCGAACCAGUCAUAUUAUCAAUACCCUUGCUGAUGGUGUUGAAGUUAGAGCACUUUCGUUUGAUUCUUUAAAGGAAGUAACUGGAUGUCUUUUGGAAAUGAAUCAGGAAGUUGUAAAGGUGAUACUGGAUUGCAAGAAAGACAUAUGGAAGAACCAAGAAUUGUUUGAGCUAGUUGAGGAGUAUUUUGACAACAGCCUCAAAACUCUGGAUUUUCUGGCUGCUUUAGAGAAAUGCCUAAAGCGAGCUCGGGAUAGCCAAUUGCUGAUUCUUGUAGCACUUCAACAAUUUGAAGAGGAGAAUGGGGUUGAAGGGAAUCGAUACACCAAAACUCUAGAGGAACUGAAGAAUUUCAGAGCUGCAGGGGAUCCAUUCACGGAGGAGUUUUUCCAUAUUUUCCAGUCUGUUUAUACACAGCAAAUGGUGAUGCUCGAAAAGCUGCAGCUGAAAAAGAACAAGCUUGAUAAGAGGCUUAAGUACAUCCAUGCUUGGAGGAAAGUGUCAAACAUUAUAUUUGUGGCUACAUUUGCAGCUGUUUUGAUUUGCUCAGUAGUGGCUGCUGCUAUAGCUGCACCUCCAGUCGCGUCUGCUCUGGCUGCUGCAGCGUCUAUACCAUUGGGCUCAAUGGGCAAAUGGAUAGAUUCCCUUCUCAAGAACUACGAAGAUGCUGUCAAAGGGCAGAAAGAAUUGGUCAGCACAAUGCAAGUAGGUACUUUUAUCACAAUUAAGGAUUUGGACAGUAUCAGGGUGCUGAUAGAUCGAUUGGAAAUUGAGAUUGAAUCACUCUUGAAGAAAACUGAGUUUGCUAUCGAUGAAAAUGCUGUUAAGAUUGCUAUAGAAGAGAUCAGGAAAAAGUUGGAUGUUUUUAUGAAGAAUGUUGAAGAUCUUGGAGUGCAAGCCGAUGUGUGUAGCAGGGACAUUCGUCGCGCCAGGACUGUUAUCUUACAAAGAAUCAUCAAACCCCCAAAUCACUGAAGAAAUUCGAGAUUACAUGAUGCUGAAAUUUGCAUAAGCACUGAACAUUUUAUCUAAAUAUGUGAACUUAAUCUGAAACAGAUCUCAUGGUUAGAGGACUCCUUAGCCUUUAUACCAUGAAUAAUAAGAUUUUUAUUUGGAUUCUUUUAAAGUAUAUCAAUUACUAGCUUUUGUUUGUUAUU